UUCCAGGAACCCACCCGACGACCCCAGACCUCCUCGACAAGCACACCGACACCCAUGUACACCAAGCUCGACAUGCCCAACUACGCGCCCAGCAGCCCUGCUGCGGUGGACUGUGACUCCGUUAUCGUCCCAUCCGUGAGGCAUGCACACCGCACCGUGCACUUCACGACCGCCACGACAUUCGUCUUUCCACUGACCUACGGCGGCAGCGCCCUUCCCAAGGACGCUGGCCCGCCCAUUGGCAUGACGAUGGACCACAGCGAUGCGUAUGUGACGGAUCUAUCCAAGGUGAAGCACCGAAGAAGUCGCGUGCGCAAGUUCCAACAUCUCGAACGCGUUGCCCUUCUCAAAGCAGCGGGUGUAUCUCCUCAUGAUAUCGCGGGCUAUUGCACCGAAGCCAUCACGAUUCGAACUUCACGCGCAAACACGAGGAUGCAAUGGUGAGAGAUACAUCAACAACCAUCGGUCAAACCAAACGACGGCGCAUGGACGUUCCAGUCGCGCGCAACGAGGACUGACUGCACCGCGCCAAUCGAACACCUGUACGGGUUGCAUUUGCGGCGCUUCAUCGUCAAUCGCCUCUUCUUAUGCUAGACUUUGCUCUUAUUUAUUCACUCAAUGAACGUUCAGUGAUGCUCGAG